AUGGAGUGGAUCAAUUUGUCUUUAUGCUUCAAUAUUCGUCCCAUCGAAUUGAACUCAAAAGAUGGGACUCAAGGAGGAAGAGACCUAGCAGGAGGAGGACAACAGAUGAUAAUACAAUACGGAGACCAGCAUUUGACCGGGUUACUUCGUUCGGGCGUGCACCUGGCUUCGUUCACUCAUGCCCUCAAGACCUUACUCGAGAUCUCCAUCCGCUCGGUCACCAAUGCCAUCUCAUCCCCCAUAGAUCCCGCCACAAAGGCAUGUACGAUCUGCGUCGACGAUAAUGGGAUCGGAAUCGACCAAGACCGAACCUCAUAG